AAAAUAAACCCGAAUACUUAUUUAUCAUUUUUAAAUCUGAAUGAAAUUGUCCACAAGUAUAACUCAAUUGAUAUAAAUAUUAUAUUUAAUAUAUAGGGUUAGAGCUCGAACUCAAAAUCUCUCACUUAUUCAUCUCAAAAGGUGAAUUUUUAACCGACGGAUAACUUAACAAAAAAAAUGUGAAUGUUUCAUAUCAUAUUUAUAGGGAUUUGGAUUCCAUUCUGUUGGGAAUCACACAGUUUUCACGCUGCUUUGCAUCUCAGACAUCCAUUAUCAAAUCAGACGGAUCAGAACAAUUCAUUUGCAAAAUUACUCAAAAUAAUUACAGCCACACAAUUAUGAUCGGACAGUCCCUACAAUUAUAAAUAGUCUCUUGGUCUGAAACAGCCCACGUACGCCUUCACUCUUACCUCCUUUACUCCUUUCAUCAAUUCUCUCACCAACAAGCUGUGUCCAUCCACAACUAAUACUAGUAUAAUACUAUAUGACCAAACUCAAAUAGCAACGUACCUUUGCACCAACCUAAAACAAAGCAUAUAAAUUUCGAUAUCCUUCACUUCAUAUUAUCAUCAUCAAUUCAAUCUUCAAUAUGGAACACCAACAAUCCCUCACCACCCCAAACCAAGAGCUACUACCACCUCUAGUAGCAAUGUUUCCAACACCAGGAAUCGGACAUCUCAUUCCAAUGAUCGAAUUCGCCAAGCGACUCAACGUCCGCCACAACCUCCUCGUCACCUUCAUCAUUCCCACCGACGGUCCACCCUCGAAGGCUCAAACCACCGUCCUCGCCUCCCUACCAUCCGGCAUUUCACACAUAUUCCUCCCUCCUGUCACCCUCUCCGACUUCCCACCUGACACCAAACCCGAAUCACUCAUGUCAAUCACCAUCUUUCGUUCUCUCCCUUCUCUCCAUCAAACUCUCAUCUCUCUCAUGACCUCCCACCGUCUCUCCGCCCUUCUCGUUGACCUCUUUAGUACAGACGCUUUUGACAUUGGUGUCGAACUCAACAUCCCUUCAUACCUCUACAUCCCUACUACUGCUAAUAACUUGUGCUUUGCCUUAUAUUUACCCCAACUCGACCAACAGGUUCAGUGCGAGUUUAGGGAAAUCCCUGAACCGCUUAACAUCCCUGGAUGUUUCGCGGUUCACGGAAAAGACUUAGCCGAUCCAAUCCAAGAUCGAAAUAGUGAAGCCUACAAGUGUUUCCUACACCAUGUGAAAAGAUACAAGUUAUUUAAGGGAAUUAUAGUAAAUAGCUUUUUAGAGCUUGAACCGGAUGCUUUAAUGUUUUUACAAAAAAAUGAACCGCCGAUUUAUCCGGUUGGACCGUUGGUGAAUGAAGACUCUACUAAUAAUGGGUUUGGGUUUGAAGUUGAUUUUAAAUGGUUGGAUGAGCAGCCACGUGGAAGUGUUUUAUUUGUGUGUUUUGGUAGCGUUGGGACCCAUUCUAGUGCUCAAACGGAUGAACUAGCUUUUGGAUUGGAAAUGAGUGGCCAAAGAUUCUUAUGGGUUUUGAGAUGUCCUAAUGAUAAAGUUGCAAGUGAUUCUAAUUUCAUUGCUAAUAGUAAUGUUGAUCCUUUUGAUUUUUUACCAAAUGGUUUUAUAGAAAGAACUAAAAAUAGGGGUUUAGUGGUCCCAUAUUGGGCCCCACAAGCACAAGUUUUGAAACAUGUAUCAAUUGGAGGAUUUGUGAGUCAUUGUGGUUGGAAUUCAACUCUUGAGAGUUUGGUUAAUGGUGUGCCUUUAAUUGCAUGGCCACUUUAUGCUGAGCAAAAGAUGAAUGCUGUUUUGUUAAGUGAAAAAGUUAAAGUGGCUAUUAGGCCAAAGAUUGGUGAGAAUGGGUUGGUUGAAAGGGAUGAAAUUGCAAGUAUUGUGAAGAGGUUGAUGGUAGGUGAGGAAGAGAAGAAGAUUCGUAAUAGAGUGAAUGAGCUCAAAGUUGCAGCUUCUAAUGCUCUAAAAGAAAAUGGGUCUUCAACAAAGAAGAUAUGUGAAUUGGCUCUCAAAUGGAAAGGUGUAACAAUGCCAAUUUGAAGUUCCCUUUUAUUUAUUAUUCGUUUCUUCAAUUUCUUCGUUUAACUUUUGUCACUAUUUUUGUAAGUUACUUGGUUAUGUCAUUUACUUUGUCAAUAGUAUAAUUUAUUAUUAUAUAAAGA